CUUGUAUUGAAUAGUAGUAGAAGAAGUGAAUGAAUCAGCCAACAGCGUCAAGCAUAUAAGGACAAACGUUUGCUAAAAUGGGAGCAGCACCAAGCAGUACAGCUCAAAAGGUGGACUGGAGGUAAGUUUCUCAUCCAUAAACUUAGAGAGGCUGUGCUGUUAGGCAUGAUUUGAUGUUUUUGGCCAUUUUUACAACUAAUUUCAGCGAUGAUAACAAACAAAACCUGUUGAAAGAACUGAACGAUUUCCAGCCUGGGAUCUCAGACGUCAACCCUCUCAGAAUUCUUCUGUAUGGACCAGUAGGAGCUGGAAAAUCAAGCUUCAUAAACUCUGUGGAUAGUGCUCUUCAGGGUCGCAUAAAAAACAGAGCCCUGGCAGAUUCAGUGAGUGGGAAAAGUUUCACUCUGGAGACCAAAGAAUAUGAACUAAAAAUGGAAGAGACUACACUUUUACCUUUCACAUUGAUCGACACCAAGGGUAUUGAAGAAGAACCUGGAAAUGGGAUGAAGAUUGAUGACAUCAUCAGAACGGGUCACAUCAAAAAUAAACCAAACAUUCCUAAAAAUGAAAAGAACAGAACUCCUCUGCAAGACCAGAUUCACUGUCUGGUGGCUGUUCUUCCAGCAAACACUAUUUCCCUCAUGGUAGAUGAUGUCAUCAGACAAAUGAGAGAAGUUCGUCUGAUAGCACGAGACCUGGACAUUCCUCAAGUCAUAAUCAUGACUAAGGUGGAUGAAGCAUGUCCGCAGGUGAAAUACAACAUUAGAAGUGUCAAUGACAGCAAAAAAAUUGAAGAACAGGUGGAGCAGUGUUUUUCCAGACUGGGAGUUCCUAUGAGCUACAUCUACCCUAUGAAGAAUUACCAUAAGGAACAAAUCAACAAUACAGAGAUGGAUAUUCUGAUUUUACAAGCAAUGCUAAAUAUUGUUAACUUCGCCAAUGACUAUGUGAAGGACCAGAUGGACAAGAAAUAACUGCUCUUUAAAUCUGAUCCAAAAAGACUGCGGUCCAAAUGUUUUCUGAUUUGAAGAAAAAUUGAAAAAUGUAUAUAAAUUAGCCUUAUUUGUAGUGGGUUUAUCAGGAUCUUUAUUGUUAAAUAAAAUUUUAAUAUUUAUAGACGUAUAGACUAUUUAUGUUUGAUAAAGCUGUUGAGAAAGAUUUCAA